AUGGCUGAAUUUGCUUAUAAUAGUUCGGUGAAUCAAAGUAUCGAACACGAUCCUUUUGCAAGUGUGACGAGUAUGCUUCCAAGAAAACCAAUUGAUUUGGUUUCCUUGCCUAUUGAGACUCGUCCUAGUAUAGAAGCGAAGCUUUUGCAAAACAUAUUCACGACAUACAUGGUAAUGUUUGUCGAAAGAUUGCUUCUAACAAUACAAGCUACAAAUCUCAUAUGGAUUACGAAGAAGAGGAAGAAUUGCAAAAGCUUAACCUCAAUUUGCAUACCCAAUUUCAUACCUUCGACUCGAGGUCGAGUUCUUUUCAGCUGGGGAGAUAUGGUAGAGGACAUGGGCGGUAGCCUCAAUUGGGAAUUUGAGUGA